AUGCAAGGCACAUUAAAUCAAAUCGACUAGGACAUCCUAGAGUUCACUAACAAGAUCAGAGCUAACCCUAAGGAGAUGAUACCACAUUUGGAAAAGAUACUUGCCACCUUUGAGGGGGAUGUCAUGUAUAUUGAUGGCUAAAUUGGAAUUCAGACUAAUGAGGGUCCAGCUGCUGUUUAGGAAGCUAUCGAAUUUGCUAAAACCGCAGCUCCAGUUGGAACUCUCACCUGGAAUGAUCAACUCGCCAGAUGCAGUCAAGACCAUGUUGAAGACAUUGGACCUAAAGGCUUGACUCAGCAUGAAAGUUCUAAGGGAGAGGGUUUAAUGGCUAAGGUUUCUAAGCAUUUCCAAGUAAAUGGAAUGGUUGGAGAGAAUUUGUCAUUUGGAUAAUCAUCAGGAAUUGAUGUUGUUUUACAGCUAGUUAUCGAUGAUGGUGUAGCAAGCAGAGGCCAUAGAAACAAUAUCUUUUAAUCCAAAUUCGGAAAGUUAGGUUGCUUCAGUGGCUAACACUCUGGGUAUGAAACAAUGACUUGCUUAGUUUAUGCUUCUUGA